AUGGCAAGGUGUGCCAAUCAGCACACAAGCCUAUCUUCCAGAUUUCUCAUGAUUCUGACUCCGACAAGAGCGUUUAUGCUGUCGGAACUAUAUCACAAGUAUCGCACCAAAAACCUCCCAGAGGUUCAUCUGCAGGUUAACAACACCCCUAUAACAUUUCUUAUUGACACAGGUGCUUCAGUAUCGGUCAUUGGAACCUCUACCCUUAACAAGCUUGGAGCACUUACAAAACUCCAACAAGCAGGCACGCGUAUUUACGCCUAUGGAUCGGAUGCUCCGCUACCAAUCAUAGGAAAGCUCAGUGUCACGCUGAAGUACAGGGACAGCGACACAACAGAAGACGUGUUCGUAAUAGAGGGAACCGUGAAGUCACUGCUGAGCUUCGCUGCUGCAAAUAGACUGGGCCUAAUCCAAAUUACUUACGCCAUCCAAGGACACUCACAAAAAGAUGCACGCUCGAAUGGAGAGGUGCCCCCAAAUUUGCUCGAGACCCCACUCGCUGCUUUUCCCGAGUUGUGUGCGGGUGUAGGCAAACUAAAAAACCUCCAAGUACACCUCCACAUUGACAAAGCCAUUGCCCCGGUUGCUCAGCCCCAUCGCAGAAUCCCUUUUGCAGUGCGAAGCAAAGUAGAAGAGAAGAUAAGCCAGCUCUUGGCCCUUGAUAUCAUCGAAGAAGCAACCGGACCUACUCCAUGGGUUUCACCAGUCGUAAUUGUGCCAAAGCCGCACAAUCCAGAGGACAUUCGCCUAUGCAUCGACAUGAAAUGUGCGAAUAGGGCCAUUCUUCGCGAGAGGCACGUCUGCCCUACCAUCGACGACGUGAUCACAGCGCUGAACGGAUCAACACUCUUCACGAAGCUUGAUCUAAAAGAUGGGUACCACCAACUAGAACUUGAUAAUGAAUCAAGAACAAUCACAACAUUUGCAACACACAACAAAUUGUACCGCUACAAACGACUUAUGUUUGGAAUUAACGCAGCUGCCGAGGUUUUCCAGGAAACCAUCCGUCAAGUACUCAACGGCAUACCUCACGUCCUCAACAUCAGUGAUGAUAUACUUGUGUUUGGCAAGACAAAGGAUGAGCAUGAUCAGGCUCUCCAGGCAACUCUCGAAAGGUUGACAGAGAACGGCCUCACAGUUAAUCCAAAAAAAUGUCUCUUCGCACAGAAAGAACUCUGUUUUUUCGGUCACAUUUUCUCUGCUUCUGGAAUCAGAACAGACCCCCAGAAAAUCGCAGCACUAAAAAAAAUGCCGGCCCCUGCCAACGCUCAUGAAGUUCGAAGUCUGCUUGUGGAGCACACGUGUGGAAUCAACAACCCCUCGGAUUACCUGUCUCGCCAUCCCAUGCCGAGCUCCCCUGCUGACGCCCGCCUGGCUCAUAGCACUAAUGCAUAUGUCAACUUCAUUGCCCACCACAACAUUCCCAAAGCCAUGACUCGUGCAGAAGUAGCUGCCGCCACUCUAAACGACCCUCAUAUGCAAAAGGUGAUCGCUGCCCUCAGCAAUCCUGCCAGGUGGAACGACCCAGCACUCAGAGAGUUUAUAUCCGUACAGCACGAGCUCUCUCUGACGGACAGCGGCCUACUACUGAAAGGCAAUUGCCUCGUUCUACCGGCUGCUCUACAGCAACAGGCGAUAUGUCUCGCUCACAUUGGGCACCAGGGCAUCUCCAAAACAAAAGCGCUCAUGAAGCGAAAAGUAUGGUUUCCCCACCUAGACAGCAUGGUACAAACUACUCUUAAAAACUGUAUGGCGUGUCAGGCAACCGUCCAACAUCAACACUCUGACCCCGUCCCGAUUCCAUCGAAGCCAAAUCAACCUUGGGAGGCGCUCUCACUUGACUUCGCGGGGCCUUUCCCUAACGGCAAAUACAUAAUGGUCCUAAUGGAUGAUACGUCACGUUACCCUCUCGUGGCGGUAUUAUCAUCGUUAGCGGCCCCAACUGUCAUCACCAACCUUAUGAAGAUCUUCAACACUAACAACGUGCCACAGGAAUGGCAACACAAGGAUUACGAAAAUCGAAAGAAGCACAAGAUUUACGCAGAUGAACACAGACAUGCGAGAGCCCACAACUUCGAAGUCGGAGAUCGGGUACUGUGUAGACAGCCUCCGUCGAACAAGCUCACUCCCCCUUAUGACCCGCAGCCAUAUAAAGUGAUCGAAAUCAAAGGGACGAAGCUCAACAACACAUCGACGCGGGGGAGAGACGAGACCUGCAACCCAACGAAGCUCAAAGAUCCAGUGAAGGACCACGUCCGACUCCGGAAUUUGAACAACAGCUCGACGUGGAGGAGGACGAAAGAAACCAGCGAUUCCUUGAAGCCCCUGGCCCUGAUCUAUCAGGAACAGCACGACCGGUCCGUACAAGGUACCCUCCUACAAGACUCAGGGACUACGUCUGCUCCUGAAAAGCGUUUCGCUCUGUUCAUUUCUUUGCUCCUCGGGGGAAGUGAUGUAGUGAUGUAG